AUGAUUUCUUCACUUAAAGGCAUCUUUGCUGCGAGACCCAUGGAUGAAUGUGUUCCAUUGUCAAAUGGAAGGCAGCAAAAUCUUCGAUUUGGUUUCCUAGCAGCAAAAUUGGGAAUGGUGCUUAUUCAUGGAUGGUGCUUAUUUCCGGAAGAAUACGCAACGACCGAGGAAUCCACACUUAGACCACUUGAUGAAAUUGAUGAAGGGCAGAUCCCAGGUGAAGGAAUCAAGAAGGAGCAAACGAAUCUUAAUCUCGCAGAAUUAAAAUCUUUUGCAAAUGAUUUGCCAGACCUCACAAGUGAUCUCCCGCAUGUAGACGCUCACCAAUUCCUAGCGCAACUAAAAGAGGAACUGAAGCAACGACAGACGGUCGAGAUGAAGACUGCAUAA